AUGCAAACUUCUUCAUUAUUUUGGUCUCUAUUGCUUCCAUUAUUGAUGCAAAUGGUAGGAGCAUCUGAAACUGUUCAAGCUGUAACCGCAGAUGCUGCUUCUGCUGGUCAUACCGAUGGUCGUUCUGAUUCAGCAUUUAAUUCUUUUCUAAUGUCAACCUCUAUGAUUAUCUUCUCCGAAAUUGGUGAUAAGACUUUCUUAAUCUCUGCUUUGAUGUCUAUGCGUCAUCCAAGAUGGUUAGUAUUCACUGCAUCUUCAUCAUCUUUAGCUAUUAUGACUAUUUUAUCUGGUCUUUUAGGUCAUACUUGUGUUUCAUUUAUUCCAGAACGUUAUACUGCUUUCUUAGCAGGUUUGUUAUUCCUAGUAUUUGGUUAUAAAUUGACUAUGGAAGGUUUAGAGAUGUCAAAGGAUGCUGGUGUAGAAGAAGAAAUGGCAGAAGUGGAAGAAGAAAUUGCUAUUAGAGAUAUGAAUACACAUAUGGAUGAUGUGGAAAGUGGUAAAGUAGAAGAAAAAAAUGAAAAAUCUAAACUUGGUAUGACUCAAUUAGAACAAAUUGGUACCUCACUAAAAAGAUUAGCAUCGUUUGUAUUUUCUCCUAUUUGGAUUCAAAUUUUCGCAAUGAUCUUUGUUGGUGAACUUGGUGAUCGUUCUCAAAUUAGUAUUAUUGCCAUGGCUUCAGAUAGUAAUUAUUGGAAUGUUAUCUUUGGUGCUGUAGUGGGUCAUGUACUAUGUAAUGCAAUGGCUGUCAUUGGUGGUAGAUAUCUAGCAAACAAGAUUAGUAUAAGAACAAUAACCCUAUGUGGUGCUUUUGCAUUCUUUGUAUUUGCAUUAAUGUAUGUGUACGUUGCAUUCACUAUUUAA